UAAAAGCAGGACGACGACCAUCGGGCAUUCGCAACUUGGAGCUUGACGAUGCAGAGUGGCAAUCAUAGGUGUCUCCUUGCGAUUGUGGUACUCUCAUGCAUAUCUGAGAUCAUUGGAUUUUCGGGGCCCUUAUCCAAUCCGAAUGGGGAACACGGUCAGAUCCGUCCACUUGAUACCACCCCACGAGGUCAAUUAGAAACACCUAUAAAAACUUGGUCCAAGAGCCUCGUAAAAAGAGAGGAAUCAUACUCGCCAUGGAUGGGACGGAAAAAGCGAUCAGAAUAUUCGCCUUGGGCAGGAAAACGAGCCCUCAUCAGCAAGGAAGAUAUUCCCAAGCCCAAGAAAUUCCUUCCAUGGGUCGGAAAACGAAGUCAAGAAAAUCGUUCACUCGCAUGGGAUCAAAUGGAACAGAACCAAUACAAUUGGGAUCGGAUGCGACUAGGGGGGUCGGGAUUCAAUUGGGAUCGACUUCGGAGAAGUGAUCCAGAGUCCUUGGAAAUGGGCGAGUAUCCUAUUUCCUCACUUCACAUGUCACGCAACAAUAAUGUUCUAGAGAGGCUCAGAAAGAGUGGAGCCGGCUACCAGUGGGAUCGUCUUCGGAAACGUCAUGGCUACAAGGAUGAUCGUGCCCAUAGAGUUGAAAUUUAAGCUGAUUAUUCGAUAAAAGUGCGCAGAUGUGCACAAAAGUAAAACCAUUUCGUGGGGAGGAGAGUUUGUUUUGACUGUUGUUGUAUAGUUACGAUGAAACAACAACCCUGUUCACUAUGAAUGUAAUGCCGACGUUGACAGAAUUGCACCUUCUCUCCAAACAGCCCAAUUUUAGAUCUCGAUUUAGAGGAAACGAAACAUGGAUCUGAAAUUGACUACCACCCUGUGGAUUACCUACAAUCUCAUAAUUUACCCAAAGGUUUGAAAAGAUGAAUAGCUCGUGUUGAGGAUGUUUUAUGGCGUAUAUAUUUAUUCCAAAUACAAUGUUGCAUCCUA